CUCUUCUCCUUGGCUUCUCACCUCGAGAGGGAGGUACCAUCAAUGGCGCCCCGACGACGCCUCCCGGCGGCUCUGUCGCUGGCAGUGCUACUGUCCUCGGCCUGCCUCGCCGCCGCGUCCCAGAACACCGGCGACACCGUGGUGUUCUGGGGCCGGAACCGGGACGAGGGCACCCUCAGGGAGGCGUGCGACGCCGGCCUCUACACCACCGUCGUCAUCUCCUUCCUCAGCGCCUUCGGCCAGGGUAGGCCGUACACCCUCGACAUCUCCGGCCACCCUGUGGCCGGCGUCGGCGACGACAUCAAGUACUGCCAGUCCAGGGGCAAGCUCGUCCUCCUCGCCAUCGGCGGCCAGGGCGGCGAGUACUGGCUCCCGUCCUCCAGGGCGGCCGCCGACCUGCACGACCACCUGUGGAACACCUACCUCCGCGGCGACGGCAACGCCGGCGUCUCCCGCCCCUUCGGCGACGCCGUCGUCAAUGGCAUCGACUUCUUCAUCGACCAGGGCGCGACGGAGCACUACGACGAGCUGGCCAGGCUCCUCGACGCCCACAACAAGGACUACCGCGCCACGGUAGGGGUGAUGCUGACGGCGACGGCGCGGUGCGGGUACCCGGACCAGCGGCUGCAGGCGGCGCUCGCGACGGGGCUCUUCCACCGCGUCCACGUCAAACAGUUCGGCGACGGCCGGUGCGCCUCGACGCAGUCCGGGGUAGAGACGUUCAAGAAGUGGGCGGCGGCGUACCGCAGCAGGGUGCUGGUCGGCGUCGUGGCCUCGCCGGAAGCUGACAGGCAGUCCUACAUCUCGCCGGAGUCUCUCAACAACGACGUGCUGCCGGUCAUCAACAAGCUGAACAACUUCGGAGGCGUCAUGGUGUGGAACAGGUACUGGGACAAGAAGACCAACUACACGGCUCGCUUGGCCGCUCUCUGAAGCCCCAUUGUAUUUGCUUGUCCGGAUGGGUGUGGCGCAGGUACUAUGUAUUAAUGUAUGUAUACAAAUAAAUGUAUUCAUGGGUAUUAUAAUUAAGAUUGAGAUUGGUGUGUGUUGGAUAAUGUAAUUAAUGUAAUAUGGAAAUAAAGUGAGGGAUGAUAUGUACCUCAGGUAAUGAGUAGCUGCUAUAUAGUAAAUAAAUGAAGAGUUUGUGA